GUUGCCCAUCGGAUGCAUCUGAUGCUGAAGUGCUGGGUAGGUUGAGGUACAUUUAGAAAAUAGUUUUAAAAACAUUUAAUGAGCAUUUGUGAAUGCUUGCAGAAACUCUCCUGAAUGCUGAACCAGAAUUGUUGGCCAAAUCGCAAAAAGAAGCUCUCACACCGUACGAGAAAACGCUCGAUUCGGUGUAUCCGUUCCGACCGGUUCUGGAGGCGCCAGAUUCGAUUGAUCCAAUAGUGACGGAAGAUGUAUUCGUAUUGCUUAAGCGAACGAACCAGCCAGCCAAACCGAUGAUACUGGGCGUGACCAGCGAGGAAGCGUUGUACAAGAUAAAUACAUUCCGCCAACAGUUGCACCGCUACACGGAGGAUACAUGUCGCUUUGUUCCCGAAUUGUUGAAUGUUCCGCUGGAGGAGCGGCCACAGGUAGCGCAACGUAUUGUAGAUUUCUACUGCGGCUCGGCUGGCGUUUGUUUGGAGCGCGAAUUUGAGCUGAGCCGUAUACUUACGGACACUUUAUAUCUGCUACCGGCCGUUCUGGCUGCCGAACUUCAGCUAACACACAGGCAAGGAGACAUAUUUUUCUACCACUUUAGUGCUGAAACGGAACUGAACAAAUUUCGGCAACUAUGGAAGGUGCCAUCGGAUUAUCGAGGAGCAAGCCAUGCGGAUGAUGUUUGCUACCUAUUUGGCUCGAGUUACUUUGCCACGGAUGCGAUAGUAAAGGGAUCGGAUGCUUGGACAUUGAGAAACACGAUGUGCAGGUUAUGGACCAGCUUUGCCAAAACGGGUGUCCCACAGAACCAAGAACUGGAUGUGAGCUGGACUUCUCUCAAGAAGCCACAACUAGGAUCCUUUAAUCUAUCAGCACUGGAAAUAGGCACCGAGCUCAAAAUGGUACCAAACCAUCUCGCAGAUCGUGUUGUGUUUUGGAGAGAAUUGUUUAAAAAGUACAACAAUUGAAAGAUUGUAGCUUAACAUUCACACCUCGCGUAAACAAUGUUGAAGUUGAUUUUAAAUGCAUUACUGAAACAAAUCAUUCUGCAUUCAGGGUGACUUCAUAGAAAUCCAUGUGACGGAUAAUGUUAUCAGUUUGUCGUGUCGAUUUAAGGUCGCACUGAGAAAUCUAAAAUCAUUAUCUGCAAUGGCAUAUCUUUGAUCCAUUAAAUCGGUUUUUAUUGGUUGAUCUGAUAGUACACGUGCCGUUUGAUAAGAUACUUGAUUUUAUCUAACAUAACAUAACAUACCUUGCUGUAAGUAAUUGUUAAUAAAAUCAAAGGAAAUA